GGGGUUAGGGGGCGGGCCGGGGGCGGAGGCGGGGCGGGCGCGGCCGGCGCGCUGCUAAGUGGUUGGAGCCGCCGCCGCUGUUGCAGGGGCUGCGCUGGAGAGCUGGCCCGGGCGCACUGUGUGCGGUGACGGCGGCGGCAGCUGGCGCCGCUCGGUCCCUUGCUCCGGAGGAGGAGGAGGAGGAGGAGGAGCUGUGCGCCCGGGAAUCCUGGUGCUGGGGAGCCGCCGCCGUCGGAACGGGGUCCGGCGAGAACGGAACGGAGCCAAGGGCUCUAGAGAAGCCGCGGCUUCCAGUCCCCGGGGGACACGCACAAUCCAGCCGAGCCGAAGCGGGUGAAGCUUUAGCGGCUGCUGCAGAGCGCAGAGCCCCGAGGUCUCCUUCCUCCCGGGGAGCUGAGCUGGGCGCCGCGGAGCGGUCCCAGCCCCUGAUCGGAAGAGCCCAGAGCUCCGGGGAGAGGCGAAGCCCAGCAUGCUGCCGGAGGAUGCCUGAGGCUGGCCGGCCUGCGAGCGGGCGGCUUCCCGGGCCCUCCCGGAGCCUAGUCGGAGGAAUGGUGACCGUGGGCUGCGUCUUGGUCUUCUACCUGGCUGUGGCUGUGAAUAGUGCCGGUGCCGGCCCGGGUCCCGGACUGGUCAUUUCUCACCUGGAGCCUCGACCUGCCAGGAGAGCCACAGAGCAAUUGAGGAGUGGCCCCAGGACUCAGGAGGAAUUGGUCUUCUCAAGUGGGGAGAGCGUUGAGCUCGGCUGCGAGGUUCAAGACUCUCCCGUGUUGUCCUGGUUCAAGGACGGGGUGGCGAUCUUCCCCACUAAUAAGACCCACAUUGGGCCCAACCUGCUGAAGAUCAUCAAUGUGUCUUAUGAUGACUCUGGCUUCUACACCUGCCAGCAGAAGCAUUCUAGUGAGGUUCUCUGCAACUUUACCAUCCGAGUGACCGAGUCUCCAUCUUCUGGUGAUGAUGAAGAUGAUGAGGAUGAAGGAGAAGACACAGCUGUACCAGACCAACCAGGGGAACCCGACCUUCCUCACCUACCUCUCCAUGGUGCCCCAUACUGGACCCGCCCUGAGAGAAUGGAUAAGAAACUUCUCGCUGUCCCAGCUGCAAAUACUGUUCGCUUCCGGUGUCCGGCCGCUGGCAACCCCACCCCCACCAUCUACUGGCUGAAGAACGGCAGAGAGUUCAAAGGAGAACAUCGAAUUGGGGGGAUUAAGCUGAGACAUCAGCAGUGGAGUCUAGUCAUGGAGAGUGUGGUACCUUCGGACCGGGGGAACUAUACCUGCGUGGUGGAGAACAAGUAUGGCAGCAUACAGCAAACCUACACGCUGGAUGUCCUGGAGAGAUCCCCACAUCGGCCCAUUCUGCAGGCCGGCCUCCCGGCCAAUCAGACCGCGGUCGUGGGGAGCAACGUGGAGUUCCACUGUAAGGUGUACAGCGAUGCCCAGCCCCACAUUCAGUGGCUGAAACACGUGGAGGUGAAUGGCAGCAAGUAUGGCCCCGAUGGAACACCCUACGUCACCGUCCUCAAGUCAUGGGUCAGCAAUAACGUUGAAGCAGACGCUAACCUGAAUCUGUUCAAUGUGACAGAACAGGAUGAAGGAGAAUACCUUUGUAGAGCCAACAAUUUCGUAGGCAUAGCCGAAAAGCCAUUUUGGCUCCACAUUCGCAAAUCCAGACCAGCUGAAGAAAUGGUUGAAAUGGAUGAUUCGGGCAGUGUCUUUACCGGCCUCCUCAGUUACGGGCUUGGGUUUUGUCUCUUCAUUGUGGUGGUGGCCGUGGCCGUGGCCAUUUGUCGGCUGAAGAUGCCCUCCAAGAAGGCCAUCAACACCCCCACUGUCCAGAAGGUGUCCAAGUUCCCGCUCAAGCGACAGCAGGUGUCCCUGGAAUCGAACUCGUCUAUGAAUUCCAACACCCCCCUGGUGAGAAUCGCCCGCCUGUCCUCCAGCGAGGGGCCCAUGCUGGCCAACGUGUCCGAGCUGGAGCUCCCCGCCGAUCCCAAGUGGGAGCUGUGCAGAUCCCGCCUCACCUUGGGAAAACCUCUUGGCGAAGGCUGCUUUGGCCAAGUGGUCAUGGCAGAAGCCAUCGGCAUUGAUAAAGACAAGCCCAAUAAGCCUGUCACCGUAGCUGUGAAGAUGCUGAAAGAUGAUGCCACAGAUAAAGACCUGUCUGAUUUGGUCUCUGAGAUGGAAAUGAUGAAAAUGAUUGGAAAACAUAAAAACAUCAUUAAUUUAUUGGGAGCCUGCACACAGGAUGGUCCCCUCUACGUCCUUGUGGAAUAUGCCUCCAAGGGGAACCUCAGGGAGUAUCUGCGAGCUCGAAGACCCCCAGGGAUGGAUUACUCCUUCGAUACCUGCAAGCUUCCAGAAGAACAGCUGACCUUCAAGGACCUAGUAUCCUGUGCCUACCAAGUGGCCCGAGGCAUGGAGUACCUGGCAUCCCAGAAGUGCAUUCACCGGGACCUGGCAGCCCGAAAUGUUCUGGUUACCGAAGAUAGCGUGAUGAAGAUCGCAGACUUCGGCUUGGCCAGGGACGUGCACAACAUUGACUACUACAAGAAAACCACCAAUGGGCGGCUGCCUGUGAAGUGGAUGGCUCCGGAGGCCCUGUUUGACCGGGUGUACACUCACCAGAGCGAUGUCUGGUCUUUCGGUGUCCUACUCUGGGAAAUCUUUACGCUAGGAGGUUCCCCCUACCCUGGGAUUCCCGUGGAGGAACUCUUCAAGCUGUUAAAAGAGGGCCAUCGGAUGGACAAGCCCGCCAACUGUACCCAUGAUCUGUACAUGAUCAUGCGAGAGUGCUGGCACGCGGUCCCAUCUCAGAGACCCACCUUCAAGCAGCUGGUUGAAGACUUAGAUCGAGUUCUCACAGUCACAUCCACAGAUGAGUACCUGGACCUGUCUGUACCCUUUGAACAAUACUCCCCAACCUGCCAGGACAGCCACAGCACCUGCUCCUCCGGAGAUGACUCGGUGUUUGCCCACGACCUGCUCCCUGAAGAGCCCUGCCUCCCCAAAGCCCCGAAGUGUAACGGCGCCCUCAGGACGUGAUAGCCUCAGCGACCUGGCCCCGGGGCCUGUGGGGAGCUGAGCUCGUCCAGAAGCCUGGAACCAGAGGGGACAGAACAUCCGGGAGGAUGAGAUCUGGGCCCAGGCUGAGGAGAACCUCCUGGCCCGCUGAAACUUUGUUUUCCCCCCAAUCAUUUUUGCUGUAGAAAGAAGCCAAGAAGCACUGUAUGGCCUGAAGGAAGAAAAAUCUUUUGCCAAGAUAAUUAUAUGAUUAUAUAUAUAUAUAUAUUUGAUAUAUACAUUACAUAUAUAUAUAUAUAUUGGAAAAUAGAAUGUUCGUCUAGCUCUCAUCCCUCCCCCCAAAAGAAAAGGCUUAGACAUGAAGUCGCCGUUCUGUGCUAUGAUGUGGAAUAGACUUUGAGGAUUCUAGGAUAGGGAGAUAUGUGGGGGAAAGAGAGGAAAGGCAGUGUGGUAUAGUGGUCGGAGAACCUGGGUUCGAUCCCCAUCUCUACUACUGUACUUCCUGAGCCAUCCUGGACAAAUCACUACCUCUCUGGACCUUUUUUCUCCACUGAAAACUGAGGAGGUUGGAUGAGGUCAUUUCCUGUGAUCUAGAGAAAGGUUAGAAGAGGAAGGAAGGUGGGGUAGGGUCGUAGUUAUUGGGGAUUUUUUUUCUUUUCAUAAUGAAUAUAGAGAGAUUGCCUUUAUGCGGUCUACCUGGGGACCAUCUGAAAGGGAGCAGAUUCCAUGUUCUCUCAGGGGACUGGGUACAGGUGUGUCCCACCUACUGGAUGGUGACUCUGGGUUGAGAGAAAGAAUUAUGUACAGAGUUGGAGGGCGAAAGAGGCUCUGGCCUUGAAGGGACAGUCUUGCCCUCAGGAGCUACCGGCUAUGAUGCUCAUGGCCUUCUCCCUGUUAACAAAUGUCUGGGCAGUAUGGAGCAGGAAGGGAUCAGCGGCCCUACUUGGAUUGAGGGGCAGCUAGAAGCAAAGGGCAUCUAUGUCUUGCUUCGGUCCUCCCAACUCCAUGCUCUGGCACUGGCCAAUGACGGCAAAAGCAGAAACAAUUUCAGGCAUUGUAAAGGGAGUAACUAGGUCUGAAGCAGGAGCAGGGGACUAGGGCAAGAGUUUUGUGUUGGAGUAAGUGUCAGGAGUGUUGGAAGUGGAGAAAGGGUCAAGCACCAUAUUUCCUCAGUGAUGGAGACAAAGUCAAGAGAGGUAGGGUAGUAUUGUGGAAAGAGACAGUGAUCUUACUCUUGAGUAAGUUCCUUCUCCCCGUAAAAUGGCCGAGUCAGCAAUCUCUCAGAUACCUUCUGACUCUAAAUCCCACGAAUCUCUAAGUCACUUUCUCUUUCUGGGCCUCUUGUUCUGUUCAGAGUUGCUUUGGGGGGAACUAGGAUUCCUGCCUCAGGAGUGUAACUGGUUGGUUGGUUGGUAGGUUGGUUGGUUUGGAGCUGGGGCUUUUUGUCUUCUGUGUUAAAGAGAAGCAUCACAGUGUCAGCUGUCCCUAUCUCCUUCCCCCAUCCCAUGAAGAUUUGAAAUUACGGGUACCUGAAGGCAGGAGCCUUUAAUUUAUAUCAAAAAAGGUUUAUUCCAGACAAUUGUGUAAAUACAUAUAAAUAGAUAUUGUGUGUGUGUGUGUGUGUGUGUGCGUGCGUGCGUGCGUGUGUGAGAGAGAGAGAGAGAGAGAGAGAGAGAGAGAGAGUAUAAAAUAUAUAUAUGGAGAGUGUACAAUAGUGAUCCAGCUUAAACAAGAUGGAUGGAAGGCCCUCAGAAGCAAACAUCACAAUAUCAAAUAUCGGACCUUUGGGGGAAAAAAGAACAACAAAGAAGAAGAAAGGAAAAAAAAAAGAAACUGCAUUUUUUUGGUCGGUGUUGUUAUUGUUCUAUAUUGUCACAGUUUUGUUUUAAAAAUUGUAUUUUAACCUGUAUAUUUGUAAAGUUAUUUAUAGUCUGCUGAAGGGACUCCAUCUGCUUUGUUUGAAAUAGCGUAGCAUUGCUGUCAACCUAAUUUCCCAGAGUUUUAAGAGUUUUAACUUAUUAACAGCUGCGAAAAAGUAAGUAUAUGCCUUUGUUUCCAUGUUUACGGGAACCAUCGAGCGAAUGUAUGGCGCGCACAGUCCUGAACAGAUGUCAUGAGACUGUCUGUGUUGUUAUUUCAUAUUCUAGCUUUUCUCUGAAUUGCAGUGAGCUGUUUUUGGUUUAUUUUUGCAACACAGUUAAGCAAGAGCCCCCAGAGCCAGCCUUCAGGAGGGAGGUUGUACCUAAAUCUUGUCUGAGGAAACUGAGGCUGGCGGGGGAUUCCCUGCGGCUUGAUGUGCCUCAGCUGGGCAGGGCUUUCUCUGUGCCAUCUCUUUGAGGGUGGGAAGGUCAUGAGUCCUCUUUCCAGAUAAAGGGAUUCAUCAUUGUUGUCUUUAAGCGCACCCUCCAGAAAGCCCAAAGCAUGCGGGAAUCCCCUCAUACCAAAGCCACAGCUUAGCAGGCUUAGCCCUCCGAGCAUCCCUGGAUGGUCUGCAUGUCGCAUGUGCCCAUAGCAUCCCACUGUGUCCAGGGAGGUAGCCAGAGAGUGCCCCUGCCCUCAGCAACUACACACUCACUUAGGAGACAGACACCCUUGUCACUGUUGGGAACCUGACUUUUUUUUUAAGCCCUUUGAAUGAUAGAAGAAGGAUUUCUGAGUGUGUUCUGUAAUUUCCUCCCUCUCUACCCAACUCGUUCCUUCAUGAUGAAGCAUAGGAAACAAGAGUCUUAGUCUGUGACUAUGUAUUCUUUCCCUCCUUUUCAGAAUUUCCUGGAAACUAAAAUCGAAAAAAUAUAUAUAAUAAUAAUUUAUAGCUUCAAGAUGAUGUCAGGAAAAAGGUUUCAUUUCUUUUUUUUUUUUUAAAUUUUGGGUCUGUUUUGCAGAGGAAGUAGAUUUCUAUAGGGAAACCUUUGGUUUGGUUUUGUUCGGGGAACUUUAAAUGGGAGAGAAAAAAAAAAAACACGGUAUUUUCCUACAAAUGUCUUCUAAUCACGUACAUUCCACAGACGGACAGAGUGUGACGUCCAGCACCAGAGGAGAAUGUACAAUCGUGCGCAUGGUUUCAAAUGUUAUUAGAUAUUAUAAAUAUAUAUAUAUAAUUUAUUGAGUUUUUACAAGAUUGUAUUUGUUACUGUAGACUUAACAUUUCUUAUGCAAUGCUUAUAUAGUUUUAUAGCCGGGACUGUUACCUUUAAAAAGUUUGGGAGACAAGUGCCGUAAAUCAAUUUCUACACUGUUAUAUAGUUGGCAGAUUUGGGAUGGCUUACUCUCCGUAGGCAAUUCCACGUUUAUUUUAGACAAGCAGCACCCAUCGGUGGCUGCUGUCGGAAGCAUCAGAACACUAAACACAGCAGACUCUGCUUUUCUUAACCUGGCAAACUUUAACUUUUACCAAAAAAUAAAAUAAAAAUUGGUUUAAGCUUCA